AAUCUGAUGUCCAGGCUCAAGCAAAUCUUGAUUCAGAGCUUCCAGCCUCACCUGCACCUCCUGCAGGAUUCGACUCCUCCUUUCCCCCUGGCUCCCCACAAUUUAACACGGAUGCUAAAGAAAAUGUUUUAGAUGACAAGAAGACCAUGUGGACUGGAGAUCUAGAGGCAAGUGAAGCAGAGAGUUCAGGAGAAUCAGACGAUACUGUUAUUGAAGAUGGUGUCACAGUUCCUGCAUCUGUUCCCCCUCCAUCUUCUGAUCCAGCAUUUUCAAAUGAGUCUGCUGCUGCCUCAGCAGCUCCCAUUCCUCCCACUGAGGAAAAGGAGACCCCUCCGCCAAAGUCUGAGAGGAAGCUAAUGCAGGUUCCAACAAUCAAUGUUAUUGAGACAGAUGAGCCAAAUUACAGUGAUGAGGAGAUGGCGCUUGAAGCAGAGGAAGAAGAUGAAUAUGAGAUUGUAAAAGAGUUGUGUGGAGAGGCUCCAAAUAUCCCAGAGCCAGAGGACAGUAAAAAUGAACCAUCCAAGACACGCCCCUUAGAAAUUGAAUUCAUGGAAGGCUACUCUCCUCCAUCAUCCCCUGUGGACUCUGAUGAUGAAUAUGCUCCCAAACAUAAUCUAUUCAAAUCUCUUCCAGAGACGGUCCUUCAGGAAGCUACAGCAAAACCUGAGGUCCUACACAGUUCAACAGUUUCAAAGGACUCAGCUUCAACCUUUUCCCAACAACAAUCUGAAAAAGCACAGACUACUUUCAGUAAAGUCAGUGAUGAACCAUACUCUUUCACAGUCAAAAAUGAAGAGGUGGACUUCCCAGACAAUGAUGACAAGUGGUCUGAUGAAGCACAAAGUGUUCUAGUCAAGCCUUGCAAGACUGAUCUUGUAUUCAAAGAACCAGCUUGUCACACCCAUUCAACAGUGGUUGAAAAGAGCAACAGUGCUGUGACAGUGGCUUACAUGGAGACAUCUGUUUCUCAAACCAGCUUCAUGCAACGUGACUUAUAUGAUGGACAGUCAUUUGAUUAUGAUUAUGAUGUAUCCUCCCCCUUGGAUGAUGUUGGUAACAAAGGGCUAAACAAUGCUAAGGACCAGUUUCAUUCUGAUCCUUCUGAAAUCCAUAUUGAAACACUGGAUGCAAGCACUGCACAAAAUAAUGUUCCAGAGGACAGUCAAAGUCUGGAUGACUUCACUACCCUGAAUUGUGACGAAGCCAUCCCCAAGCCAUUUGGUCAGCCGUCUGUGAGAGAAUAUCCUCAAGAACAGUAUUCUUAUUUCCAGAGCGAGACACCAAGUAGCAUCAGUGAGCAAGAGAAAAUGACCAUGGAUAUUGUUUCAGAUAAUAUGGGAAAUGGAAACUCGCUCCCAGCAAAAAAAAUUGAAUCAGAGAUCCAGCAGAACGCUAAAGAAGGUCACCAUGCACAUAACACAGCAAGCAACCCAGAAAGCAUUGACCCUGACGGUUCAGUUUCUGAGCCUACAGAUAGCUUUGUGGAGUUCAUGCGAGAGUGCCUGAAAUCAAGGCAGGAUAAAGAACCUGACGAUGUGCACCAAAGUGUUCCCUCCAAGACGAAGCUUAGUAAAACUGAUUUUCUGCCUUCCCAGUCCUCCCCUACCAUGGUGAUGGAUCUUGAACAAGAACAGCUUACUCUCAGUGCUCUCAAAGAGCUGGGCAGCAGUCUAGAGGAGCAAGAGGAGGUGGUGGCAUCUCUCCAUCAGAAGGUUCCUGACCAUGAUGAGGCUACAUCUGUACCACAGUCUUCCUUUACCUCAGUUCCUAACCCUCUAUGUUCCCAAAGCAGCCGUAAAUUUGACAGCACAUAUUCCAAUGAGGUAGAAGCCACUGACGAAUGGGUGACUGAAGCCUAUCAUCUUGCUGAGCAUGUCUUGACAGCAAUACUAACUCACUUAUCAGUGAAGGAUCUGAUCCACUGGCGAGAUCCCAAGAAGUCGGGCUUGGUGUUCGGUCUGUCCUUGCUGCUGCUGCUGUCGCUGGCAGCCUUCAGCGUCAUCAGCGUGGUCUCCUACCUGCUGCUGGCACUGCUGUGUGUCACCAUCACCUUCCGCAUCUACAAGUCUGUGGUCCAGGCCGUGCAGAAGUCUAACGAGGGGCACCCCUUCAAAACGCUGAUAGAUAAGGAUGUCAGCAUCCCCCCAGAGACCUUCCGCAAGCACGUGGACGCCAGUCUGACCUACAUCAACCGAGCCCUGAAGCAGAUGAGCCACCUCUUCCUGGUCGAGGACCUCGUGGACUCCCUGAAGCUGGCUGUGGUCAUGUGGCUGUUGACCUACGUAGGAGCUGUCUUCAAUGGAAUCACCAUUCUCAUCCUGGCUGACAUCCUGCUCUUUGCCGUGCCUCCGAUCUACGAGAAGAACAAGACCCAGAUUGAUCACUACAUCAACCUGGCACGUACUCAGGUCAACAGUACAAUCGCCAAGUUGCAAGAGAAACUUCCCGGAGCUAUGAAGCGCAGCAAAACUGAAUGAGCAACCUCCUCCAGUGGAAACCUUCACAUCACCAUCAUCCUCAUCUCCAUUACCACCUUAAGACCCCCUUACCUUCUCCCAGUCCUCUCUACUUAAUCCCCACCCCAGUCUAACUCCUCCUCCGUACUCCAUCUACCAUCUCCACCCUACUACACUGAACCUUGCUAGGUAGAAAAUCUUUGAGCUACUCAAUAUUCAAUGUAAAACUACUGCGCAGCUUAACUUUCAAGCAUUAGAAGAGAAAUGUGCCUGUGCAAACAGGAAGUGUGUCACUAGCGAGGAAGUGAUGUAAUGCUGCGGUGGACCCCACCCGUCCGUGGGUGUACCACAGGGAAUGGAGGCAGGGUCGAGUGAACUAGACUGAAUCUAUGACCUGGUUUGUUGUGUACAGCAAGCAGGAGGUGGAUGAUGGCUGUUUGUCACAAAAGAGCUAAUGUCUGUACUUUAAACUACACAUUUCCUUGAAGGUAAAUGGCUAAUCUAAGCUGGAAACGUAAAAAGAAAAAAAAAAAAAAAACACAAAAGAUAUUUAAAAAAAAUAAAAAUAAAGGAACAAACCAACAUUGUGGGUGUUACUGUGGCUAGUCUUAUCCUGCUCUCUUGCUCUACAGCCACUGUAUGGAUAGAUAUGAGUUAAUUUUUAGAAGCUGGUCAUGGGUUGGCUGUUACUGAUUGGCCUGUUAUUGAGUUUGCUUCCAUUCACGUUACAGGCAUUUCUGUUUGUAUGUUUCUGCAAUGCACUGAACUUUUAUUUUUUUAAAUCCAUGACCAGGUUGAAAUAAAAGGAUUGGAACGCUGAGCCAGACGUGAUAAUUUGGUCUAGUUCACCCUCUUUUGAUCAGAGGCAUGUUUGGAUCAGUACUCUGUAUGUAUAUACACAUUAAGACAACUGCUGUAUGGAACACAUUAACCUCGCUUUUUGUAUCAACAGAAGGUUCCCUCAUUUACACUAGUCCUGUCACCUGUUCAAGCCACAAAGUGUUGACAUCUCACAUUCACCUGUAAAUUUUGAUUCUCCUUAUCACUACUUACUAUUAUUGAUAUUAAUUAUAGGAUGGCUGCUUUGACUCCCUAUUAGCUUGACAACAGCAUUGUAGGAGUUAAGUGUCAUUGAACCUCAUGAUUUUAAAUUGGGUCUUUAAGAGACCUUCUGAGAAAUGGAUUCCUAAUCGUUUGAGGGGUGAAGAAAUAUCCCCCCUGAUGUGUUGUCACACCCCCAAAUCCCAAUGUGUCUUCCCAGCUUGCUGUUGUUUUUUUGUUUUUUUAACUGUGGAGUCUAGAAUUGUGCUAAGACAUUUUACUCUAAAACAAACACAAAGAGAAUAGUAACAGAAGACACGAGGUGCACUUAUCUUUUUUCCAGAGCUUUAGAGUUCAGAAUAAAGCUAGUAACCGGUUUGUUAGCUGGCACACAUCUUACACAUAUCUAGAUUAAAGAGGUCAAGUCAAAUUGAAAAUGUAAAUGAACGCAAGGCAUGAAUUAUGUUGGAAUAUAACAGACACACAAGUAAAUUGAAUAACUACAUUUAAAAUUUGUUAACUAGUGAUUUUAAAACUAGGACAUUUUAAACUUCAUGUUUAAAGCUCAGUGCAAUUUGUUUUUACAUGUAUCAGUAUAUUUAUUCCUAUUUAAUACAGUAGAAUAACUUCUUUUGGCACAUUUUAGACCCCGUACACAGCUCAGCAGCAACCUGAGAGGUAUGUCAGAUAUUAGGGGUUGAUAUAACAAAAUUAGGGGGUGCCAUUUUGCAUAAAGACUGUAGCUGGGGAAUAAAAAAAAAGCAGUUUUCACAGUGGUUAUUAAUUAAAGAGCUUUAUCACUUUGUUCUUUGACUGCUACGAAGCCCAUGACAUGUUGUGUAAGCUGGAAACUGAUUCUCACCCUUCACAUAGGCUGUAUCAUAUUCUUGACCCUGAAUUUUUUUUUUUUUUUAGUAUGAUUAUUACUUGUGAUUGUUUCAGUGGUGUUUCUGAGCUCAGUAAAACCAUAGUCAUAUAUUAGCACGAUGUCUCCAUAUUUUUUUUAAAGGAUGAAUACAUAGAAAUUAAAAAGUAUGUUACUGUCCAUUUCAUUGCACCCUAACAUACGUUUGCACGGAGUACGUGUCUCCUGAAUCCUGAACUUGUUUGGCCAACAGUGGCAGGUCAUCCUUUGACUGCUUCUGCUACUAGUCGGACAUUUGCCUGUGUGCUGAAUGUCUUCUCUGGUGGAACAUUCCUCCUCAUGCAUGCCCUCCACUGUGUGUCAUCUCACUGUGAUUGCCCCAUAGAUGUCUUGGUUGACUCUUCGUGCACAGUGUCCUGUUCAGACUGGGUGUUAAAGCCAAAAUAUGCAACAUAGCUGUGGGAGAUGCUAGCUGUUCCCCUGCUAACCCCGCAGUUGGGCAGGCUGCAGUCCUGACAGCAAGUGUAAAGGGGGACUUGGGCCUGAGAGCAGACUGAUAAUCUUAUUAUGCAUCCUGUUUAUUUAUUUGAGCGUGAAGAAGCUGCAUAUUGUAGCUUCAAAAGGCUGCAUUUCAUGAGAACCACCAGAGUGCAUUUUUAAUAGAUUUUUGGUUUCCAUAAAUUGUUUAUUCAAAGGAUCACUUAACCCAAAUACAAAAAACAGUGUCUGCCACCGGCACACACCAGUCAACCGGACUUACUUAAAAGCGUCAUAGUUGCAUUUGUAACCAUUUUAUUUGCCCAGGUCUUCAAAUAUGUUUGCUUCCACCUCCACAGUUGAAAGUGUCCUUGUUUUUCCCGGAUAAACAUUCAACAGUUUUUAGACGGUUUCUUCGGUAGAAAGUAGUAGUAGGGAAACUUUUCACAGUGAGCUGCACAAACUAAAUUCCAUUAACAUCUAUUGAGGCAAAUAAGACAAAGGGUGCAAAUGUAGCUGUGCAUUUGAAUCCUGGAAGAAUAAAAUAGAAAAAAUAGACUAGAUGCAACUUGAGGUAGGUUUUGUAUUUGUGUUGUGCUGACCCUUUAAUGUUCAACCAGUUACAUGUAAGCUGACCCAUGCUGUCGGUCGGACUUCACCCUGCAAACGCUGGUUAGCUUUUCAUAUGCACUGCACCUUUAAGUGAAACUUCAGUUCAGGAAAGGCCAUGUUAUUGUGCUGCCAAGGCUAAAUAGAUCAGUACUAAGACUUGUUGUCUGUUUAUUUCUUUAGAGUUUAAUAUAUAAUGUGAAUAAAAGUCCAAUCCAUCUGAACCUGCUCUCUCACAGCAUGUUGCUUUUCUCCUUUUCCUGAUUGUCCCUCUGUAUGUUCACUGGUUAUGGGAGUGUGUGACAGGAGUGUGUUUGGCCUCACUUGUCUCUGACGAGUCUUGUUUUGCUUUUGGCUGUUCACUGGUAUCUAGAGGUUGUUCACUAAAAUCAGUUCUGUUUUGUAUUAGCUAUAACUUGGUUCCAAUUUUUAAAGCUUUGGGAAAGAUAUUGCAGAAAAAAGAAAAACUAUGUGGUCUCUGUACUGAUGUGAAAGUGAAAUUAAUAAAAACAUCAAAGGACCAUG